AUGGAAGACUCAGGUGGCCCUUUAAAUAACAUUGAAAGUGAGCAUGGCACAGAUUCAGUAUUAGAAGAUGAUAGUGAGGGAGCUAUUGGUGAGUUGUCUCACAAAUUCGAUUCUUACAAUGUGGAAUUCACAAACCAAAAUGUGCGAAAUAAGAGAGCCGUUGACGUUGUAACAGGAGUGAAGAAUGCAGUUUUGGGAUUUGUAUUUAAUAAAAUAGAUUCAUUCCUUGACCAGAAAACUCGCUGGAUCGAUCAAUUAGACAAACAGAACAUAGCCAAAAACGCUGCUGCUGGCAUUGUCCCUCCUGCUGACCCUGUCACAUCGCUAUCUUCAGUAAUUUCAGGAGCCAUCGGACAGAAGCUCCAAGCGGCUGCUCCUCUUCUAAAUAUCGUAACUAGCAAGCUCGGCGGUCUUAGCUCUGGAGGAGGUGGUGGUUUCAGCAUUGGUUCUCUUCUCAGCAAAGGUUUAGGUAGUAGUAGUGGUGGUAGCAGCGGGGGUGGAGAUGCUUCUCAUGAUGAUGACGAAUAAUUCUAAACCUAAUGAUCAUUCAGUUCAACUAAAGUGACUAGAUUGUUUUUAGAUAAUUUCCGCCAUAAUAUUUGCUCAACUCGAAACAGUUUAAAGAUUACUUGCCUUGAAUCACUCAAUAUUUAAAAUAUCAUAUUUAUUUUUCAUAUUCAAGAGUUCAUAAAUUAUUUAAUGUUUAAAGUUUAAAUUAAAGGAUACCGUUUUUCCGCUGCUUCAGCAAAUAAAAUGUAUUUUAACCCUUAGUUGUAAAGUGAUAUGCUACUUAUGUUAAAUAAAUUUGCCUUUCACAAAUUUUCUUUGGUGGAUUUGAGAAGGUAAAAACCAAUUCAGCUAAAAAACUAUAUGAAUAAAAAGAAGUCAUUAAUAAAAAAAAUGAUGUACAAAUAAAAAAGAAAAAAGGCAAGACCCAAU